AUGUUCUCCAAGUCUCUGAUCUCCGUGCUUCUCAGCGCAACGCUUGCCCUAGCUACUCUCGACCCGGCAACUUCCAACACUAAGGGCAAAUGCCCCGGUACCUACAACUGCUCUGCCGCAAAGACAUCCAAUGCAAUCCAGGCCGCGGAAUGCUCCCACAACACGCGGACAUCCGGAACCCAAACCUUUGCCGUGUUUGUCACUGAUCACCAAUAUGACUCUUCCCACGGAGCUCCCUAUGGAACCUGCAAGGCGUACACCUGCACCGCGCCCACCGACUCGGAAAUGACCGACGUCGAUGAAGAUUGCUGGACAUUCUUCUGGAAUGACAAUGGAGAGUCUUCUGGCGUCGGCACAGGUUGCAUUAAGAGCCCUGAUGACGGUACUUGUGGUUGCGAAAACUCGGACGGAACUUUUGUCUACGGUGGAACCAAUUGCUCUUAG